UGCAGUGAGAAAGAUCAUUGAAUUUGAUGUGUCUUCACAGAGUGAAUUAUUCAGUUCUCUGUCCUUACGCAACACAACAUCAUCCAUCACAUUAACAUUCACACAUCAAUAUUGGUUUUUUCUUACGUGUUUGUUGUACGUUGGAUGUUGGGUGUUGGAGUGAGUGAUGUCUGAAGGCUAUUCCUGUGGCUGCUCCGACUCCGACUCUUCGUGCGGCUGUUGGUCCACCGCCGCCAGCGCCGCCGCCGCCACCAGAUCUGAGGCUUCAACCGAACUCAGACUCUACAGAGCCUUCAUCUUCUGUGUCCCCAUCUUCUUCACUCUCAUUCUCCUCUUUCUCUUCUACCUCUUCUACCUCCGACCGCGAACCAGGCUCCAUUGGAUCACCAACUUUGGUCUUCCCAACAACGACGACGACGAUCACAACCACAAUGCCAUCUCCACUGUUGAAUUGGGCUUGAACAAGGAACUCAGAGAGAUGUUGCCCAUUAUUGUCUACAAGGAAAGCUUCUCUGUCAAAGAUACCCAAUGCUCAGUAUGCCUUUUGGACUACCAGUCAGAGGAUAGGCUUCAACAGAUUCCUGCAUGUGGCCACACUUUUCAUAUGAGCUGCAUUGAUCUUUGGCUUGCCACCCACACCACCUGCCCUCUCUGCCGCUUCUCCUUACUGACCAUAGCUAAAUCUUCCACACAGACAUCUGAUAUGCAGACACAGUCACAGAACAAUGAAGAAGCACAAGCAGUGGAAUUAUCUGAAUCAAGAUCUACUGUGCAUACAGAAACCACUGUCCUCCGCAAUGUCUCUGGAGAAGUUGCAAUCAGCGCUCCUUGCAUUGAUGUUGAAGGGCAAAAUGAGCAAGACAAUCAAUAAGAGCUAAAGAGCAUCGUGGCAUUAGAGACUCUUUAUGAUAAAUUGCCAUACUUGGAUCUUCCAACUCAGUUGAAGCUCUCCAGAGUAUGCACAACAACAAUCUGCAUAGAUUGAUACUUGAGCAAGAAAUGUCUUCAUUCGGGAAACUACAACUUUGAUGGCACAUAUGAAUUGACUCAUAAUUAUUGUAACUUAUGGUUCGCUGAAUGAAUGGAUCUUUCAAGCAUUAUAACUUUAGGUAGUGUACCUAAAAUAGUUUACUUCAUAAGUGAAAA